AUGGCCACCCAGUACGAAAUCGAGCACAAUGUGCAGUUCGCCGAGCCUCGUCGCGGCCGACGAGUCGACAUGUCCUCCUUCUUCGCCCUCCUCAACACUCUCUCCGACUCGGACCAGAGCCAGCACCGACCUCACGCGACGCCCACGCCCGUCGACCACGCACAUCUCUUCCGCCUGCUCCAAGACCAACUUCUCACACUGCAGACCACCAGCCCCGACGAGGGCAACCGGGACUUUCUGGAGCAGUUGAUCUCCGGCUUGGAGGGUGACAUCAAUGAUCCGCCCAGGGAGAUCCAUGGCGUGAGCCAGGAGUUCAUUGAUACCCUCGACCGCGUGACGAAACGACGGCUCAAGCCAGAAGACGACUGCGCCAUCUGCAAAAUCCCAUACCUUGAGGACGAGUACCCGCUAGUGGUGCAACUGCCCUGUGCGGGCAAGCAUCGCUACGAUCUCGAGUGCGUGGGCCCCUGGCUCAGGAGCAAGGGGACGUGUCCCAUGUGCAGAGAGCAGCUCGGCAAGAGGAAGCAGAUAAUCGUGGAAGAUGAGGAGGAGGAUGAGAACCCAGAUAUGCUAUACUCGUAA